AUGUAUCUUUCAUACCUCCGUCUCGCCUUGGUUCUCCUCUUUGUGAAAGAUGCAUCAGCUUGUAACCGACCAUACUCCGCCUGGAUGGCCGACAGUGUCAUCUCCCGCGCUCAAGCCAUUGUUCAAGAGGGCACCGCUCCAUCAGCAUCCACAUAUCUUCAAGUGGGAUUCUUCCAGUCUUCCAUCCUCCGCUUAAUCGACUACUACCAUACACCUGAAUCAGUCUGUGCAGAGAACGACUGGGGAAAAUACCUGCAGUCCAGCACAAAUAGCAUCACGCCAUACCUUCUAAAUGCUACACAAGAUAGCAGCUACCCCCUCGACCGGCUGUCAACCGGCAAAGGACUAUUAUAUCAAAAUGAGAACUUCAAGACCUCUACCGCCUCCGACAGUCUCCAUUCGCUUCGUGAUUCUGUCAAUCUGCAGCGCAGAAAUGCACUUGGCGGGUACUGGUAUUUCAAUUAUCCCAACUGGAGCUAUCUCGACGGAAUGUACUCUCUAGUUCCGUUCCUCUUGUCCUACACUACUCACUUCGAUCCCACAAAUGUUACUGUACCUGACGAUGUCAUCCACCAACUCGAUCUGCUCUGGACUCACUGUCUUCACAAUGACUCAGGUCUCCUGGUCCACGGCUACGAUGAGUCGAAAAGUGCAUCCUGGGCGAAUCCAGUUACCGGCGCGAGUCCGAUCGUCUGGGGCCGAUCUCUAGGGUGGUAUUUCAUGGCGCUGGUGGACAGCUUAGAGCUAUCUUCAUCCUUCCCGAAGCGCGUGUCACACUAUCUUCUCCGAAGACUCACCCAACUGGCUGGAUCUGUGAUUUCAGCUGCUGAUCCCAACACCGGAUGCUGGUGGCAAGUUGUGGAUCAACCGAAUAAGGAAGGAAAUUACAUCGAGUCUAGUGUGUCUGCCAUGUUCACGACCGCCUUGUUCCGAGCGGCUCGACUUGGCUAUCUCCCCGAUAACCUUGCUUCUGAAGCAACGAAGACAGCGGGCAAAUGCUAUGGUCAUCUCCUUGAUGCUUUUGUGGUCCGGAAUGACAAUGGGACACUCGGGUACAACGGGACUGUCUCCGUCUGCAGCCUGAAUUCAUCGGCAUCGUAUGAGUACUAUGUCUCGCAACCGCUUUUAUAUAACAGUGUUCAUGGGACAGCAGCUUUUGUUCAAGCGAGUUUAGAGCAAGAGAUCAUGAACCACUCGAGAAACUCUACGAAGGGAACUUAAUAGACUAAUAUCUGAUUCAAUGUAUGCGGUCACUUUGAAGUGGAUCCAAAACGAAUGAUCGUGGACAUAGAAUAAAGUAUUUUCGGUCAGAAACAUACUCAAUCAAGCAUUUUGAGAUCAGAAGUUAGCCAUGCUAUCGAUUGUAUCCGUUUCAUUUUCUCUAUCGAGGCUCAUGACAACAUCCAUCAACUCUAGUGAUUCUGGCGGUGGACUUGUUGGGCUCUCAGCAGGUGACAGAGUAGUGGCACAUCUUUGAAGAGGACGGGUACAUAAAGAAUAGCCGUAGGCCAGGGGACUUUAUCUAUUUAUUUUGUUAAUAUCUUUGGGGAACUCGUCCUAGAUGGGAUCCAUGAGGUCCACGGCGGAUUUGAUAUCGCCACUUG